AUGGCUCCCUCACUAGAAGUCGGCUUUGAACAAGCUCCAACUCAAAUCGGCAUACCAGCUUCCCUCCCAUCCAAAGCUUCAUCUACCUCCACAAAACCCACACUGUCCUAUACUCCAGGGCGCACUAUAGUCGAGAAGCAUGACACCUACGAACAUGAAGACCUCCGACCUUCCUUUCCAGAUAAGAAAUGGCCGGCCCUAGAAGAGCUUCCAUAUUCAGACAAAGGACUUUUAGGUUCUGAUACCUUCAAGGAUUUAUUGGCCACUGCAACCGAUGUAUUUGACUACGUCCCCAAAAUCGGAACGGAAGUGCAUGGCGUUGAUCUAGCCAAUUUAACGGAUGCUGCCAAGAAUGAUCUUGCUCGACUCAUUUCAAUUCGUGGCGUUGUUUUUUUCCGCAAUCAAAAGAACUUUGACAUUGAAGCACAACGCAAGUUAGGUUCUUAUUUCGGGACACUGCAUAAACAUGCUACCACUUCCGUCCCAAAACGCGGUGAUUUAGAUGAUGUACAUGUGGUAUAUACAGACGAGAAUUCCAAAGAUCAGAGAGCACUCUUUACACCCACUUUCCUCUGGCAUUCGGACGUAACAUACGAGAUCCAACCACCAUCAUAUACAUCUCUCAAGGUCCUUACAGGUCCUCCUCGUGGUGGAGGCGGUGACACUUUGUGGUCUUCUCAAUACGCAGCUUAUGAUGCGCUUUCCGCACCUAUGCAAAAAUAUCUCGAAUCCCUAACCGCACUCCACACAUCCCAUCUACAAGCCGAAGGGUCACGGGCUUUAGGUAGACCAGUGAGGAGAGAUCCAAUCACCACAGAACACCCGCUCAUCCGAUCACAUCCUGUCACAGGCUGGAAAUCACUAUUCUUCAACCCGGGAUUCGUUACCAAAAUCGUUGGUGUCCCAAAAGUUGAAAGUGAUACUAUCCUUGCAUACCUGAAUGAGGUUGUUUCGACAACUCAAGAACUGCAUGUGAGGUUUCAAUGGGGAAAGGAUGAUGUGGCGUUUUGGGAUAAUAGGAUUUCGAAUCAUACGGCUUCUUAUGGAUUUGCGCCGCAUCGGAGACAUGCUGUGAGGGUAUGCUGUCAUGGGGAGAAGCCAGUUUUGGAGGAAGGCGCGAGGAGUCAGGAAGAAGAAUUCGGUGAGAAAUAUGGAUUACCUGUUGUUAAUAAAGAUGGGAGUGGACAGAGCAAUUAUAAUGAUUGA